AUGGAGCGCUCGGAGGCGGCCUUGGGGUCUCACGGCCCUGCAGCGGAGAAGAAGGCGGAGGAUGGCAAGGACGGAGAUUUGUAUCGCAUCUCCCUGGGGAACGUGGCGACCCGAAAGCUGGCGUACAUCAACAUCUCCUUUGUGCAAGAGCCCGCCCUGGAAGUCACCAACAUGCAGGAUCCCCGGAACUUCUUACGCUUCCUGCUCCCGGCCAUGAGGCUUCCCCCGCCCCGGUACUGCGGAGGUGGGAGCUGUGCAGAGAGGGGCCUCGAGGCUAUGGCGGCGCAGAGAUCUUGGGAGGCCGACGCGCCCAGCGCUCGUCUUGGCUCCUUCCGCGUGCGCACGGUGGUCCGGCCGGCGGCGACGGUCACUUCGCCGUCCCACGGGCACUUGAUUGUGACAAGGAAGGAGGGAGACACAGGGCCAGUGACGGCUGAGCUGGAGAUGGGGGAGGAGCAUGAAGAGGAGCUCAACCGGGAUGUGGUCCUGCGAAUCCACUUCGAGGAGGAGAAGCUGCCGCUGCGCGCGGUUCUGGAGCAGCACCCGGUCACCAAGACAUGGGCUGGGCUCCUGGAGAUGGUCCCAAGCUUUGACUGGGACCUCCUGGAUAAGGUGGAGGUGACCUUCCUAGUCGACCGCAGCGGCUCUAUGAGCGGCAAGCGUAUCCAGCUGGCGAGGGGCGCGCUGGAGCACUUUGUACGGUCAAUGCCGGCAGAGGCUCGGGUGAACCUCGUGGGUUUCGGCAGCACGACCUCGCGGCUCUUCGACGGCGCGGAGAAGCUGCGGGGCCCGCGCUUCGGCGAGGCGGUGACCUACGCGCGGCGCCUGGAGGCCAACCUUGGGGGCACCGAGAUGCACUCGCCGCUGGAGACCGUGCUGUCGGCUCCUUUGUCGGAGGGAUGCGAACUCAGACGGGUACUCGUGUUGACCGACGGCGCUGUGUGGAACUCGGAUCAGCUGCUGCGAACGACUCGGCGCCUGUGUCAGGCCAAUUGCAGCGUUCACACGCUGGGCCUGGGCGAUGGCGCCUCCACCGCCUUGGUGGAGGGUUUGGCUCGAGCAGGGCACGGCACCGCGCGCUUCGUGGCGGAUGGUGAGGAGGAGGACCUGGAGGAGACAGUUGUCAGCAUCAUGGCUGCAGCCCUUCAGGCACCAGCUGAUGGCUUCACCAUUGACUGGCCUCGCUCGCCGCUCUUGUUGAAACGUGGGGGUUCCUUGCCGGACUCCGUUGCAUCAGCCCAGAGCCGCGACAGCAGAAUUGAGCGCUUUGUGUCACAGGGCGGGUUCCUGUGGGGCCCUUUGGAGGUGUCACCCUUGGCUCCAGCGUACUGGGGGCGGCGCUGGUUUGCUUACGCCUUUUUGGGCCGCCUCAACGGUGACCAAUUGCCAGAGACCAUCCGCGUGUCAGGGAAACGCAGAGGCCAGCCUUUCAACCUCAGCGCCCCAGUGGCGCGACGAGACGGCCAAGCCCUGCACACGAUGGCGGCGUGGCACCUGGUGGAAUCUUUGGAGUCUUUUCCGCACUCGGUUUUGGGGGAGGCCCAUGGCCUGCCCAACCCAGAGGACAAGCAGUGGCAGAGCGUGGGAGUUGCGGUGUGCUAUGGCAUUGCUACGGUGAAGACAUCCUGGGUUGCCAUCAAAAGGGAGGCGACCAUCGCAUCGCAGACUCGGACAACUGAGGACACGACUCUGUCAGUUGGGGGUGCGUCCAGUCUCUCCGUGUACGGUUUGGCCAGAUUUGGCAGCAGCAUGUCCGUCCUCGAUUUUGCCCACCAUGGCAGCAGCAUGGCAUUGCGAAGUUUUGCUCGCCUGGGUAGCACACUGGCUGUGUACGGCUUGGCCAGACUUGGCAGCAGCCUGUCUGUCCUCGACUGUGUCCAACUUGGCAGCAGCAUGGCAUUGCGAAGUUUUGCUCGUAUGGGUAGCAGCGUGGCCAUCCUUGAUUUCCUUAGCUGCGGCAGCAGCCUUUCCCUCAGAAGUUUUUGUCGCCUGGGCAGUCGCUUCUCCGUCCUGGUGGGAUCCUCCUGGUCGCAAAAUAUUUCUGGGCCAAGCCUUGACCUCGCUGACUCACCGUCGGCAGAAUCGCCAGACCUGCCGUUGAAGAAGAAGGUAGCCUUUGUCUUCAUGGAGUUUGCAGACCUUCAUGUGCCGGUGGCAAGCAUCGAUUGCGAGGCGCCGGCUCCGAGCUGUGUGUGCUCAAUCUCGUCAAUGAAUUUGACCGGCCUCAUCAAGCGUCCGACGAGCUUGUUCCUGUCAGCCAAGCGCAACCUCACCAGCCUGGAUGCGGAUGUCAACAUGAGCUCACUACAUGUAUUGGAGAACUGCAGCUUACGUGCCGGGAGUCGAAGUGUUGCAUUUCUCAACUUGAGCGACUUCCACCAGAGCCUUGAUGUCGAGGACAAGACUCGCAUCAGCUUCUUACUCGAUCGCCAACUGGAGGAUGAAGUGGAGCCGAAGCUCUCCAAGUGGUUUUGCCCCAAGCUGCCCUCCUCUGCCUACGCCGCGUUGAUCCAGUCGCAGCAGGACGACGGCUCCUUCCAUUGGCCCAAAGCGUUUUUCCGCGUCAUCGGAAAUGAGAAUGGCGAGACCUUGGUCGAGGUCUCCCAGCUGUUGUCCUCAGCCACAGCCCUUGCAGCGCUGCGGCGCUGCUUUUGGGGAACUGCAAAGUGGCGGCUUAUCGAGAUCAAGACGCUUGCAUACCUUCAAUCUCAACUCAAGGAUAACCUGAAGGAUGGGCAGCGGGCGAGCACGCUGGAUACAGCGGCCAAGGGCCAAAUGUGCGGGGGAGCAUCGGGGAAGGCAGUGGCCCUGGUUGCGGCGGUGCAGGGAGCCAAGGUGCGCGUUUACCAGAACGAGACCGCAGGCUGCGAUGCGGUACAAGUGCAGCUGACGGAGGACUUGAUGAAAACCUACUGCGGGGAAAUGACGCAGAACGGCGCGGUCUAUGGGCCGUCGGCCAAGGGGUGCCAUGAUGUGGACACGCCUUACGUGCGUCAGUCCUUGGCCAAUCACAUGUUCAGCCACUGCGGUGCGCACCAUCUCUACGACUUCCGCGCACCUGCGGAGAAUUGUUUCGAGUGGAGCGCCGGGAGCUCAUGCUGGGCACGAGGCUCAAACUGCCUGAGCCACCACGAGAAGACUACAGCAGUGAACCGCAAAAACAAGAUGUGCAAGGUGGACUGCGUCCCGCCGCAAGCCAGCCUUACCGAGAAGGUGACGAAAUCUUACUGCGCGGAGUUGGUGGUGAACGAUGCCGACUAUUCCCCCACGGCCAAGGGAUGCAAGGCGGAGGACACCUACUACGUGCGCCGCUCCAUCGCCAACAAGAUGAUGAACCAUUGCGGGGCUCAUUACCUCUACGACUUCCACACGCCCAGCAGUUUGUGCUAUGAAUGGCAUCAAGCUGGGAGUUGCUGGCACAGAGGCGGUGCGGAAGGGUGCAACACCCACAAGGAGCAGGCGAACAUGGUGGCGCGCAAGGCCACACUGUGUGAGAUCCCCAAGACCGUGCUGAAGGGCAAGCGCUGCAAAGGCACUCCUUUCACGUAUGACACGGGCAAGGGCUGCGAUGGUUGGUCCCAGCUUACGGAGCAGCAGUGCGUGGCAAAGUGCGAGGACAGCGAGACUGCGGCAAAAUGCCCUACUAAAGCAUGCAAGGCGGCGGCCUUUUAUCCAUCCAGCGGCCAUUGCCACCUCUACGAGUCUUGUACUGAGCUGGAGGUUGAGGAGUCGGCCAGUGCCAUCGUCGAUGAGGUGCCAAUGACCGGCAUCGAGGGAAAGAGAUGCAAAGGGACGCCAUACACGUUCAAUGUGGAUGCUGGCUGCGAUGGCUGGAAGGGCCUGACCGAGGCGCAGUGUGCCCAGAAGUGCACUGGCAACAUGCAAGCGGCCAACUGCCCCUCGAAGCUUUGCUUCGGAGCGGCGUUCUACAAAUCCACCGGCUGGUGCCACUUGUACGACGAGUGCGCUUCCAUGGAGAUGUCCUCUGACGCAGUCGCUCUGGUGCCCGAGGCAACACGGUGGUGCAAGGGCUCCCUCGUGGAGGUUUGGGAGUGCGACAAGGUGGAGACCGCCAAGUGCAGCCAGUCCUACACCAGGAGCUCUGACGGCAACUACUACGUCCAGUGCGCAGUCACGAGCAACGGACAGUGCCUCUCUGCGGGAGGUCUUUGCAAAGCGGAAUGA